AUGGACGGCUUCCUCGUGCCCUCGUACAGCAUAGCCCAGACACCCACCUCGCUCGACAUCACAAUCACCCUCCCUGCCUCGGCCGCCGCCGCCACCUCGCCGCAUGCCGCGCCCCCCGCGGCCAAGACGGCCGUCUCGUCGCGCAUCUUUGCCUUCCACUGCGCAUCCUACUACCUCCCGCUCGUCUUUCCCGCACCCCUCGUCGCACCCGCCACAAACGACGUCGCACCGGCGCUCUCCGACGAUGGCGCCUCGGCCGUGUACACCGUCCACCUGCUCAAGGGUUCCGCCGGGUUGUGGGACGGCCUCGAGGCGCUCCAGCCCCAGCUCAUGCCCGACGACGAGGUCGGAGCCAUGCAGAGGGACAUGGAGGCCAAGCAGGGCCUCUUUGCCCCCGAUGAUCAGGCGCAGGGGCAGCCAAUAGCGUCCGGGACAGCGGCCGACCGCGAUCACGACAACGACAGCGACCGCGACGUCCACCGGCUGCUACAGCGGGGCAUGACGAGUGCCGGCCUGGUCGACCUCGACGCACCCGCCUCAUCCAAGCCUCUGCCCUCGACGGCCGCAGCUCCAUCCUCAUCGCACCCGGCGUCCAGUCAAGCGCACGGCCACGGCUACGGCUUCCGGUCCGCCUUCACCGGUCCCCUCGUGCCGGGCGGCGAGGCAGACGUGCGCAACAUCCUCGAGGUCUCGGACCCGGCCUCCGUCCCGCCAUCCGACCGUGCGCUCCAGGCCGAGGCGUACGAAGAGCAGCAGUGGGACGAGGGCAUCUACCUCGACAACUACCUCGACUUUGACGGAGAGAUGGCCGCCCUCGUCUCUUUCCGGCCGCCCAUCGUCGCUGCCGCCGCACUCGCCGCCGCCGACGCUGCUGCCAUCCCCUCGACGACAACGACGGGCAGCCUGGACGACGAGACGGCGUCGGUGCUGGUCCAGCUUUUGUUUGGCUACCUCUACGAGAUGCAGGCCAACUACGGCGAGACGACGGUUGAGUCGAGCUGGACCAUUGCCAAGCUGUCGCGCACCCUCUGCUCCGCCUCGCUGCCGCUCGAACCGACGUCCGGGACAAGGGGGGGGAUAGGAGCGACGAUGCCGCAACGUCGUCUUCUAGCUACCCUGCGGGCGACGAUGCGGCGGGCGCUCGUCGUGCCGCUGUACCGACACUGGCACCUCUCCCUAUCCGUCCUCUCCAACGUGGUCGCGCUGCUUCGAGGCGGCAAGGCGCACGUCCUACCCGUACUGGCCUCGAUAUCGGACCUCUUCCAGUCCGACCCGGUCGGAACCGCCGUCCUGGCCCGCCUAGACGAGGUAUGGGUACGUCCCCUGUCGCAGCGCCUCGGGCAGCUCUCUGACCAAGCCGCCGACGCCGCACUGAGCGCGCUGGCGGACGAGGUGCAGAGCCACGUCGCGGGUGGUUGCCUCGAUAAGCGGCUGGUCGGCGGCGAGACGUGGGAUAUCGAGGUGUCGGAACAGGCCGCUAGGCUCGCUGUCGAGCAGGGCGAGGGUGGCUUUGUCUAG